AUGACCGGAUCGGUGGAGGAUCCGCCUCGGAAUACUAAACUACGGACAGCUCGGAUUGAGGGGGAUAUCGUACUCGGAGCCUUGUUUCCUGUACAUUAUUCCCCACCUAAGGCUUUUGUGUUCGCUCGCGCUUGUGGAAAAAUUCGCGAAUUUUACGGAAUUCAGCGAAUUGAAACGCUCUUUUAUACUCUAGAUAAAAUAAAUGAAAAUAAUUCGAUUCUACCCAAUGUAACUUUGGGCUGUGAUAUCAGGGAUUCUUGCUGGUAUUCUUCUAUAGCUCUGGAACAAAGUAUAGAUUUCAUUAAAGACGCCAUUGCUAGUAAUACAGACCUUACUAACAACGUAACGGAUCAGAAGGGAUGUCGAGCGGAACGGUUAAAACCCAUUGCAGGAUUAGUAGGACCUGGUUCCAGCGAUUCGUCAGUUCAAAUUCAGAAUCUACUUCAGAUAUUCCAUAUUCCACAAAUAGGAUAUUCAGCUACCAGUAUGAGUUUAAGUGAUAAAGGAAGAUUUGGAUAUUUUCUACGAGUUGUUCCCCCUGACAAUUAUCAGGCCCAGGCUCUGAUUGAUCUGGUAGUGAAUUUUAACUGGACCUAUAUAUCUACAGUGCAUACAGAAGGUAAGACCAUUUGA